AGCGUUUGUUGAUUUCGUGAUGAAUGAUUGAUUGAUCGAUUAACGCAUAAAGAGUCGUAGGCGGCAUUUUUGCGUCUUUGUUCGUACAUGUCGUAUUUUCCAGAGUGAUUUCUUCGAUUUGUAAAGUUUCGCAACUUUACUAAUUGGGAUCUAGAGGCCCGCAAGCAACCACAAUGUCUGAGGAGCAAGGCCAGCGAGUAACUUCAAUGUCCGAGGAGGAAGAACAGCAAGCGACUUCGAUAUCUGAAGAUCAUGACCAGAAAGAAACUUUGAUGUCUGAGGGGCGAGGCCAGCAAACAACUUCGAUGUCUGAAGCUUAUUCAUUGAUGUACAGGGAUUUGCUCAAGAGCCAGAUAAAAGCACUAAUUGAUCAGUUGUCCAAUGUCGGAGUUGAGAGUGUCCUGUUGACAGCGACUCUGACUGAAGAAACAGAUGAGUCUGAAAGUGUUGGAUCAAAUCUGGGUCUUCGAUACAUCACAGAGAAUAUGGAUGUGAAGUCUGGGUUUAGGGAUUAUUGCAAGAAAUUUGGACAACUUAAGGAGAUUUUCAUACCUAGCUGGGCAAAGAAGAGAAAAUGGACCGACCUGCAGUCUCAAAAUGGGCCUGAAGCUGGUGAGCAGACACCGACUAGACAGAGCAAAAGGCUUAGAGUAAUGACAGGAAACCAGCAGAAUAUUGGAACUAUUCCAAUGGCCGACUACAAUCAAAUGGAGGCUACUUCAAAUUCCCCCAAUCCUGGUUUGGGACAAAGGGGAGUAACUCCACCUGUUCAAAUGAAGACAGAGAUACCAGAUUCCCCCUUGCCAGGUACUCCAGGGUCCAGUGAUGGCUGGGCCACAAAGGCCAGAAAACCAGCAGCAACCUUCAUCGUUCAGAAUGAAUCUCCAAUCCCCAAAGGCCACCACAAAUGUUCCAUGUGUAACUACAACUCAAAGUUCAAGGCGAAUGUAACAAGACACGAGAAAUCUGUGCAUGGAAUGAACUGCGAUGGAGCAAUGAACUCGACUGAAUAUGUUUGUGCGCUAUGCACGUAUCGGUCGACAUACAGAUCCAAUGUUAUGAGACAUGAGAAAAGUGUCCACAAGUUAAGCUCCACAUGGAGUGAAAUCGAGAACCGCAAAACUUCAUUCAAUCUGGAUAAAAACCUGUCUAUAGUUGAACAGACACUGCAGAGAGCUGAUUCUGUCAAAACUGAAAACCAGUCUGAUAAUGACUCCAUGAUGCUCAAUAUGGCCGACUUACAAUCCAAGAUGGCUGCCGGUUUCAAUGAAAAUGCUGAAAAUUAUACCUCAAAUGAUGAAAACAGUGCAGAUGAGAAUUAUCAGAUAUGUAAUUACUGUCAGUUAGUAUUUUCCAGCCUCCCAGAACUAAAGAAUCAUAUAGAUAGUGAGCACUUCGGAUCUGAAGAUUUCAAAUGUGAAACUUGUGGUAAAACCUUUGGUAGUAUGUUUAAUCUCCAUGCCCAUGUACAAUCUGUCCAUAAUGCUGCAAAACAGGAACGAUGUGCUUGUGGGAAAACAUUUCAGUACAAAAUAGGUCUCUCCAGGCAUUCGAAACGGUGCCCGGCUGCUAAGCAACAGAGUAAUGGUGUGAAUAUUGAAGCGGGAACCAAUUCUGAAGAUCAUAGUUUGCAGGGAGCCGAUGAUUUAAAUAUUGAUUCCCGGCGUAGUAAUUUACAAGGUAUGGAUUCAAUGCAUGGAACCGAAAAUUCAAAUAAUGAUUCCCAGCUCAGUAAUUCUGCAGCAGGGGAAAGUAUGCAGGGAGCCAAUGAUUUCAGAAAUGGUUCCCAGGAUAAUGAGUUAGUGCAAGUUAGUGGGAAUAUUAGGGCAAAGCAGGGAACCAGUCUUGAGAAAUCGGAAGAAAAUCUGAAUUCUGAGGAAUCUAGCAUGGAUGAAUCUGAAAUGGAUAAACACAAGAGCGAUGGUGAAAAUAUAGACACUGAGAACAGUAGGCAGGCUGACAACAUUAACAAUUAAACCAUAGCAAUAAACCUAUAACAGUGAAUGAUUUAAAGGGACUAAGACACAAGAUGAUACAAUUGCAAGAUCAAAAAGAAAAUUGUCAAAAACUUCAAUCGAAAUCGUUGUGUACAAAGCAUUGAAUCUUACUUGCAAAUGUAUCACAUUGUUUACGACACAUGUAUGUUAAGCAAUUUUUGCACAUUAUUCCAAUGAAUUCAAAAUUUACUCAGUUUUGCACUUUUUUGAACCAGGAAACUCAGCUUUGACAGUGACAUAUUAUUCUUUUUAUCAUGUUAUAUGAUUAUUAUUGGCCUCAUACUAGUUUGUUUUGAUAAUUCUAGUUAUGAGGAAAUAAGUUAUAUUUGCCUAUUUUGGGACCAUCUGGUGUCUAGCCUCUUAAAGUAUGGCUAGCUAGCAAAUCCCUGCUGAGGCUGGUGGUCAUACAGAGCCAUUGUUUUAAGUGGACAGCCACUGAGAAAUCUUACUGAGAUUUUACCUAAUUUUUCUCCUCAUUUCCUCUUGUGUUCAGUGAUGCAUCUGUCCUUGUGUGAAAUUCAGGAAUUGACAAUCUAUUUAUACCGUAUGUUGUAGAAUUGUUUUAACGUUUGUACGCUUGAAGUGAUUUGGUUAUGAUAUUACUAUUCUACCUUUUUUUUCUGUGUGUAAUGAAACAUGUCAAAGAAAUUAAAGAAAUGUCAGGAAUUUUUA